UGGUUCUGCGCGGGACGGUUCAGUCAGUGCCGGAGCUCUGGUGAGCAGCGUCCCUGAGUCCGCGGAGGCGGAGCGGCGCAGAAACAUGUCUCAAGAAACUGAGCAUGGGAAAUGGACGGUAUCUAGCAGUGAUGAAAGUACAGAAGAAAAUAAUGAUGAUGCUGAAAAGCCAUCUACAUCUUCAUUGUCUCACAGUGGACAUGGCAAAACUAGUGGAUCACAGUACCCAUGUUCAGAGGCCAGAAAAGUUGGUCACCAGAGAAAAGCCUCCCCUGUGAAAUUUAACGAUACAAGUUUUUCUACAGAGAUUUCACCAGCAAAAAUCCAGAGAACUUCCCAAGAAGGUUUAGGUUGGUGCCUUUCAAGUAGUGAUGAGGAGCCUGAAUCUGAAGGUCAGCCACAGCAUGCACAAAAGGAAGCAAUCAAAGAGGAGAAAUAUAGUGCACCUAAAAAGCAGCCUUCACGUAGAUUUGAAGAUAAUGAGCUCCCAGUGAGCCAAAAGCCAGAAAAACAUUAUAAGGUAGCAAGUGAAGGCCAGGACACUUGGGAUUUGUUGAAUGGAGGCAACCCUUUCAGAUUCUUUGUCACUAAAGUCAAAGGUAUUAAGUCUAAGUACAACUCUGGAGCACUUCACAUAAAAGAUAUUUUGUCUCCUCUCUUUGGGACUCUUGUAUCUUCUGCUCAGUUUAACUAUUGUAUAGAUGUGGAAUGGCUCAUAAGACAGUAUCCACAGGAAUUCAGGAAAAAACCAUUAUUAAUAGUACAUGGUGAAAAGCGAGAAUCCAAGGCUGAGCUGCAUGCGCAGGCACACCCAUAUGAAAAUGUUCGCCUUUGCCAGGCUAAGCUGGAUAUUGCCUUUGGAACUCACCACACGAAAAUGAUGUUGUUGUUAUACGAAGAAGGUCUUCGAGUUGUGAUACACACAUCCAAUCUUAUUGAUGCUGAUUGGGACCAGAAAACUCAGGGAAUAUGGCUAAGCCCCCUAUAUCCACGGCUACCGCAUGGAACCACUGGUUCUGCUGGUGAAUCUGUAACCAAUUUUAAGUCUGACCUAAUACACUAUUUGACGAGUUAUAAUUCCCCUACUCUCAAGGAAUGGGCUGACAUCAUCCAAGAGCAUGAUCUUUCAGAGACCAGAGUAUAUCUGCUUGGAUCAACCCCAGGACGAUACCAAGGCAACCAAAAAGAAAAAUGGGGUCACCUUAGACUUAGAAAGCUUUUGAAAGAGUAUACAUCACCAAUACCAGCACAAGAAUCUUGGCCGGUGAUAGGACAGUUUUCAAGUAUUGGAUCAAUGGGAGCUGACCAAUCCAAGUGGUUGUGCUCAGAAUUUCGAGAGAGCCUGGUUACGCUAGGCAGUAGUGUGAAGACUCUAGCAAAACCUGACGUUCCUAUUCAUUUGAUUUACCCUACUGUGGACAAUGUGAGGCAAAGUUUGGAAGGAUAUCCUGCUGGUGGCUCUCUUCCAUACAGUAUACAAACUGCACAGAAACAACUUUGGCUGCACUCUUAUUUCCACAAAUGGUCAGCAGAAACCUCAGGCCGCAGCCAUGCUAUGCCUCACAUUAAGACUUACAUGAGGCCAUCUCCUGACUUCCAGAAGAUUGCGUGGUUUUUAGUUACGAGUGCCAAUCUUUCCAAAGCUGCCUGGGGAGCUCUGGAGAAAAACGGCACGCAACUGAUGAUUCGUUCAUAUGAACUUGGAGUCCUUUUCCUGCCUUCAGCAUUUGGAUUGGAUACAGGUUACUUCCAUGUGAAGAAGAAAAUGUUUUCAGGAAGUAAUGAGCCAGUGACAUCUUUUCCUGUGCCUUAUGAUCUGCCCCCAGAGCAGUAUGGAAGCAAAGAUCGCCCAUGGAUUUGGAAUAUUCCUUAUACCAAAGCACCUGAUACACAUGGAAACAUGUGGGUUCCAUCAUAAAAGCUUCAAACCCACUGUGAGAUUUCAGCAUCUGACACUG